AUGGAGAGCAACGCCCCGUGUCUCCCUGGCGUGGCGGCGCUGAGAGAAUCCUUUGGCGACGGCAAGCCUCCCGAAAUCAGCAGAAAGAUUACAGCCUGCGUUGCGUGUCGCCGGCAAAAGAUCAAGUGCCACAUGACAAAUGGCAAGGCCCCGUGCGCCCGGUGCAAGAAGCGAUCUCUUCCGUGCACCGUGAACCGCAGCCUGCAGAUGCUAUUAGAAGAGGACAUCAGCUGGAAGCAGGCCGUCGGGCAAAGGGUCCAGCGUCUCGAGCAUGCCAUUGGCGCCGUAGCAAAGAAGCUCGACAUGCCGGAACUGCGUGAGCUAUUUGGCGAGCAGGCUGAGCUCAGUGCCAUGCUGGGACAUGGUCAGCGCACCACGCCCGCGGGCGGCAGCAGCAGCAGCAGCAGCAGCCACGUCGACCCUUUGCCUGACCAUUCAUGGCAAAUCACCGUCGAUCCGCAGUGUGAGCCGUCGUCGAUGCCGGCCUCGUGCAUUGCCCAGGUGCCCGGCGCCGGAGCCUCGGCAGGCAACGCAUCGCGAAAGCCGCAUCUCGUGUCAAAGGGGUUGAUAUCGCUCGAGGAAGCAAGAGUCCUGUUCGCCGUGUACCAAGACCGGCUCGACCACCUGCUGUACCGGAUCCUGGGCGACGAGGCCAGCCUGGAGGCGGCCAUGGAGAGCUCGCCGCUGCUCACGGCGGCCGUGUGCACCGUCGGGGCGCUGCAUUCCGCGCAGCUGGGCCAUCUCUACGACGCGUGUCUCGCCGAGCUCAAGAUGCUCUUCACGACGGGGUCGCUGUCGCGGCAGCACAACACCGACGACGUCCGGGGCCUCUGCAUCGGCGGCUUCUGGCUGAGCAGCCUGUCGUGGGCGUCGUCGGGAUCCGCCGUGCGGAUCGCGUCCGAGAUCCAACUCCACCACGCGAUAUACAAGGCCCUCGAGGGCGACCGGGACGCAUACCUCGAGACGCGGCUCUACUACCACGUCUACGUGUGCGACCACCACACGUCGGUCCUGUACGGCCGCCCGCCCAUGUCCCACGAGUGCGUCAGCAUCAACUCGGCCGCGGCGCUGCUCGAGACGGAGCACGCCGUCGAGGACGACGUCCGCCUCGUCUCCCAGGUCAAGAUAUGGUCCGUCUACGGCGCCAUAUUCGACUGCUUCGGCACCGAGACCGCCAAGCCCGUCUCGCCCUCCCAGAUGCCUCAGCUGCGCCGCUUCGCCAUCGCCCUCGACACGUGGCACGCCGACUGGCGCGAGCGCUUCCGCCCUCACGAAAAGGUCGGCAACUAUCCCGCCAAGGGCGUCGGCCUUCACUUCAACUUUGCCAAGCUGUACCUCUGCUCCCACGCCUUCCGGGGCCUGCACGCGGAGCCCGGGCCCGAGCCGGCGUCGACCCCCUUGGCGCCGGAGCUGCACGAGGUGGCCAACACGGCCGUCGUCUGCGCCGCCUCCAUCCUGGGCGCCUUGAACGCCGACCAGGAGGUGCAGCUGCUGCUCAACGGCCUCUCGCUGUGCUUCGACAUGAUGAUUACCUUUGCCGUCGUCUUCUUGCUCAAGGUGGUGACAAAGUACCCCGGCACCAUCUGGAUGGACAAGGCCCGCAUCCUCGAUAUUGUGAGCCAGACCGUCUGCAUUCUCGACAGGGGCGCUGCCUUGAUGAACCAGAGGCACCUGCUUGUUUCUGUUGGCCCGGCGUUGCGCAAGCUGCUCCAAAAGGUGCAGGAGACGCCGUCGACUGCGUCCGAGGCGGGCGUUGGCCAUGCGCCCUCGUCUCGUGAUGCGUCUGUUUCCCGACGGAGCGAGAUGGACUGGGUGCAGAACUUUGGUAGUUUUGAGGAUUUUGACUUUUAUGCCAUGCUGCCCGAUCCCAAUUCUUGGUCUGUCGAUCUGGAUUUCGGCGGUGUGUUGGACCAUGCCCAUCCGCAGUGA